AGUCAGUUUCCGCGUAGUCUUUUGGCGCAUCGGUCACGCCAGGUGUUUUGUCCUCCACCUGUCCGCUCUCUUCGCGUGUCUACCUUAGUGAAUAUACGUGAACGCGCGGCGAGUUCGAAUAGAGAGAUGCGCCCGCCGCUCCGCGAUGCUCAUCGCGCCCAAGUCGCGCUGCUUUCGCUGGUUCUUUUGACGCAAAGUUUCGGAGUAUCGGAGCCGGCAGAGACAAACGAGAGCGGCGCUACGUUGGAAGACAAUGGGGAAGAGCUACUAACGAGCAUGAAUCUGACGACAUUCAAGGAGAGAUAUCGCAGAUUGAUACCCUACAUGAAUCUCUACGUGGCCAACAACUACUUGUCCACUCAGACUGCGUUGUCACAAAACUACGCGGGUGAACUAUCGGGCGUUCUGCUGCAGAAACCCGCGCCGCAGCAGCACACUUUGAUCCGGCUCAGUGGCGCACCGAGGCGAGGUAACGGCAAACACCGAAUCAAUUCGCCCGGCCAGGACAAGAAGUUCAUUCCAUCCGUGCAAUAUGAUCCUAAAAACAUCGGCGGCGACAAUGAAUAUUUCACACCGAUCAAAUAUAACACCAAGAUCAAUUACGCCGACUAUUCCGCACCACCCUACGAGCUCUAUCGGGAGCAAAAAAUCUAUCCCGAGAUCACCACGGCUCCCAGUCAAAUCCUGCAUAAGGAAAAUCGAUUCUUCGCCGGUUCGAGACCGCUGCGACCUUCCACAUUCAUGAGGGAGCAGCAUUUGAUCAAAAAGCCGUUGGCUGGCAACCCGCAGGACGAUUACGAUCAGGAUUACGCGGCGAGACCGCCAAACGCCGUCGUUAACUACUCUAAUAAAGAAUUCUCGGGUCUAAGAUACAUUCCGUCGCCGAAUGUGCAACACCAGUCGGUGAAACAGUCCACCAUCUCGCAGAUCUAUCGAAAGCCAAAUGUAAAUCUGAACAAUAUAAUUGAGAGCUUUCAGCUAUCCGAACGACUGCCGGAAAUGCUGAACAAAGAUAACAUUGACAGCAGCAUAAAAAUGCUCGUGGAGAUCCUCAACAUUCUGCACAAUUCGCGACAGGAGGACUUUCCGCAGUCGCAAAGGUUGCCGUCGGUGCCGCCGUCCAGAUUAGCCGGUUACGACGGCUACAAACCGAAAACGUAUACGCAGCCGAAAGUAGUCACCGAGACGAGAUUCCAGGCGACGCCAAACCCUUUAAUAUUCACCGAUGAUCCUGAACGACACAAAGCGACGCAUGACAAUAUUCAAAUCAAAGUACCGUUACAAUCGGAUUACAAUGCAAACCAAGUGAAAAAUGAAAAAGUGGAGUAUUACAUUCCCUACAUUCAGGACAUCUCGAACAGCCCCAAGCAAGAAUUUAGACCAACCUCCAUACCUGACAAAGCCACUGGACACUCCUACCAGAUCACGGAGGAUCUUAGCGACGACAUCCUACACGACGAACGAUAUACCUUGCCCAUUUCUACCGAGGCAUCCAUAAGUCACGAAUACGUUGCACCGAACGAGCUUACGCACCCGGACACAAAAACGCCGCAAUCGUCCUUAAAAUACGGUGCUACGCGCGGGAAACCUAACGUGGACUAUCCGGCGUAUGCGAUUAUACCGGAAACCGAUUUUAGUUGCAAAAAUCAAAGAUACAAAGGAUUCUUCGGCGAUCCAGCGACUAGAUGCCAAGUAUGGCAUUAUUGCGAUCUCAAUGGUGGCAAAUCGUCGUUCUUAUGUCCAAACGGCACGAUAUUUAGUCAGAUAGCAUUGACCUGCGAUUGGUGGUUCAAUGUAAAGUGCGAAACGACUACUCAGCUAUACGUGUUAAACGAACGGCUGUACAAAUACAUCUUGCCGAUUAUGCCAAAGUUUCCCGAGGAUUUUACCGGCCCGGAAGUGGAUCGAUACUUAGAACUCAAAUUUAAAGAGAUGGAGGCAAAACUUAAGGAAAAAAAACUGAAGAAACAGCAAGAGGGAAAAGACAAGCACAAGGGCAAGUCUCAAACGGAGGACGAUGAAGAAUAAAAGUAUAAUUAAAGCGUUGUGUUAAGAAACUUAGUCAUAACGUAAAAUAUGCUAUAAGUGAUUCGUUGCCAUUAUAUAAACAGCAAGAAUCUAUCGUGGGUUGUAAGAUGCAAUAUGCAAAAAACUUUGCAAUCUCGGGAAAGUGCAAUAUGUAUAUGAUAGAGUAAUACGUGAUUCAACGAUAGAGAAGAUCAAAUAAGUAUAAGUUAGAUUAUAUCACGGUCUAUUUACGGGUAUAAAAUGGCUGAUGAUGUUUAGUAUUUUUUGUACUCUCUCUAGUCAUAUAUAUGCCUAUUAUAUACUAUUUAUAACCAAAAAUGCUCGUCCACUUCACAGAGCAUUAUCUUUUUCUGUUUAUUUGACAAAAUCGUUUAGAUAUAGUCUGGUUAAAUUAUAUAUAACUUUUGAUGCAUAUGACAAGCACUUAUUAAUCUUAUAAAUGCCUUAGUCCCACUAAUAAUGAGUCUUUAAGUCAUAGAAUCCUUAGUGCGGGAUUUAGGAUAUUCAACAAAAAAUAAGCAUUUGUCAUCUGCAAUGAUAGUUAUUUAUGAUGCUAAAUUCAAUAUUUCCAUAACUAUGUGCAAUGUCAAACUGCGCAACUUUUAUACAUCAAACCGAAAAUAACAGAAAUAAUAUUUAUAAAAGUACUAUGCGCUGAGAAAUAUAAUUAAUAUUAUCACUCAUACCUUGUGCUCAAAUCGUAGAAAAAUCGACUAAGUUUCGCCAUUUGUUCGUAAAUAACCAUUCUAUUUCAAACGUUAUGUGAAAUAUGCAUACUGAUAAAAUAUUUAAUGUUUUUUUACAUUUAAAAUACUAUUAUAUAUGUGCGACAAUAUAACCAGAAUAAUUUGCUGAUAUUUCAUUAAAAAUCGUUAAAAGAUCAUGCGAUAUAUUCAAACUAGAUAUC